ACACACUUAGGAUAAUGGCUCCUACCAGCAUUUCUCUGGAUACUUUCUCUUCCAAAGAAAAAAACAAACUGAGAAAGCCCAUUGUGGAAAAGAUGCGCAGAGACAGGAUUAACAACAGCAUCGAGCAGCUGAAAGUUCUCCUGGAGAAAGAAUUUCACAAGCAGGAACCCAAUGUCAAACUAGAGAAGGCCGAUAUUCUUGAGAUGGCAGUAAACUACCUACAACAGCAGAAAAGUCAGUCUCCCAAUCUGGCAAAACUGGAACAGGAUUACAAGCAAGGGUUCUCAAGCUGUUUAAGAGAAGCUGUUCAGUUCCUGUGCUAUUACCCAGAAAGUGGAGAAACCCAAAUGAAACUGCUUAACCACCUGCAACCACCCCAAAAGCUCCCUGUUGUAUCCCAAACAUAUAUUCCCAGUGUCUCUGACUCCAAACAAUCAGCUCUGGCAAGCAACACCAACAAAAUAUGGCGCCCCUGGUGAACUCCAAUGGACUAUUGCAUCCAAGAGGGAAAAAAAUGACUUGAAGUCACAUAUUCCUCUAGCAGUAAGGAACACUCUCCUAAUAGUCUACCUGGAUAUGCUUGAAUGUUAUCAGUCAACAGAAAAAAACUGAUUCUGACAAGCAUGAACGUUAUCCUAUGGGAUGCUUACUAAUUCCUUCUAUGAAGAAGAAUAUUUACUUGUAACUUGCUCAAGAGUGUAAUGUGCAUUUAUCAUUAUUGAUAAUGUAGUAUCAGUACUAAUGUUUUUAACAUUUUAUUUUAUCUUCUGUGAAGAAUAGUUCUACAAUUUAUAUAUUGUACAAUGGGGUAAUAGUACAUUCAUGUGUCAUAUGUAACUGCAUCAUGUUAUAUACGGCAGUGCACUAGGAUGGUGAAAUCCCCACCCCCAUUUCAGCUAGUUACUUCAGUGAAGUUGCCUUUGUAGCAUAUGUAUAAUAUGUAUAUUAGGGCUCUGUUUUUAGAAAAGGAGAGGAUUAGGCAUGGUUUUGCCACACAGGUUUAUUUUUUUAAACUGUACAUUUUGAAUUCUCUACCUGCAAAACAAGACUCUAUACUUGUAUUCUACUAGAAUGUUGUUAUUUGUAUUUUUAAAGGGAUAUUCUUAUCCAUAGCAUAUCAUUCUUUAAGGAAUGAAGAUAAGUAUUUCUAAAGAGGAAAAAUGCUUUAAUUUCUAUUGAUCGCAGUGCUCCAUCAGUGCUGGCAGCAACAAGCUUUAUUAUGCUGUAUAUUCUUUCUGUGUAACUUCUGUGAAGUUAGUAGUGAGUAGCCUUUCAAGAGAAAUAUCAGAAUUUUAUUAGAGAGUAUCUUUAAUGAAGUCUGUAACAUGAUUCAAAUAUCUUUUAUAAAGAUGUGCUUGUAUCUCUUUGCAUGUUUAUUUCUUGUUUAAAGAAAUGUCUGUUCUAUGUUAUCCUAUGACUUUUUGUUUUAAAAAAAGGAAUUGUAUGAAAUGUUUUGGUUCAUCUCGUAGCUGCACCUGCGGUUACAUUGAUUAAAUUGUCCUUGUAGGACAAUGGUGUAUGUUUACACAUGCCCCUGUAAUUUAUAUACUGAACUGAAUUUGAUUUAUUUUUAAAGGAAUAUAGCACAAGUUUGAAAUAAAAUAUUCCUUCUACGGUA